AUGGCGCGGCGAUCGCGGGGCGCCGACCGGCGCUCGACAUGGAGCAUCGCCUUCUACCUUCUCCUCGUCCUCGUGGGCGGUCUGAUGAUGGCGCGGACAGCCCGCGCUGAGGACCAGGUCCCCGUCAAGGACGACGACUCAACCGGCGUUUCUGGACCUGUCAUUGGUAUCGAUCUGGGCACCACCUACUCUUGUGUUGGUAUCAUGAAGAACGGCAAGGUCGAGAUCAUGGUCAACGACCAGGGAAACCGUAUCACGCCUUCCUGGGUGGCCUUUACCGACGAGGAGCGCCUCGUUGGUGAUGCCGCAAAGAACCAGUACGCGAGCAAUCCCCACCGAACCAUCUUCGAUAUCAAACGUCUCAUCGGUCGCAAGUUCAACGAGAAGGAGGUCCAGAAUGACAUCAAGCACUUUCCCUUCAAGGUCGUCUCCAAGAGUGGCCAGCCCCGCGUCCAGGUCGAGGUUCAAGGCGAGGAGAAGACCUUCACCCCCGAGGAAGUCUCCGCUAUGGUCUUGGGCAAGAUGAAGGAGGUUGCUGAGAGCUACCUUGGCGAGACUGUCAAGAACGCUGUCGUCACUGUCCCCGCCUACUUCAACGAUGCUCAGCGUGCCGCCACAAAGGACGCUGGAACCAUCGCUGGUCUCAACGUUCUCCGUGUGGUCAACGAACCUACCGCCGCCGCUCUUGCCUACGGGCUUGACAAGCAGGAUGACAAGAAGGAACGCCAGGUCCUUGUUUACGAUCUUGGUGGUGGCACUUUCGAUGUGUCCAUCUUGUCUAUUGAGGAGGGCGUUUUCGAGGUCCAGUCUACCGCUGGUGAUACUCAUCUCGGUGGUGAAGAUUUCGAUAACCGUGUCAUCAGCCAUUUUGUCAAGAAGUACAACAAGGAUAAGGGUGUUGAUAUCACCAAGGACGCGAAGACCAUGGGUAAGCUGAAACGCGAAGUCGAGAAGGCCAAGCGCACGCUUUCUUCCCAGAAGACCACUAAGAUUGAGAUCGAAUCUUUCCACAAGGGCGAGGACUUCUCCGAGACUCUCACCCGCGCCAAGUUUGAAGAGCUCAACGCCGAUCUGUUCAAGAAGACCCUCAAGCCGGUUGAACAGGUUCUCAAGGAUGCCAAGCUCAAGAAGAGCGAAAUCGAUGACAUCGUCCUUGUCGGUGGUUCUACCCGUAUCCCUAAGGUCCAGGCUAUGCUCGAGGAAUACUUCGGAAAGAAGGCUCGUAAGGACGUCAACCCCGAUGAGGCUGUCGCUUUCGGUGCUGCCGUUCAGGGUGGUGUUCUCGCGGGUGACGAGGCUGCUAGCAAUCUCAUUCUCAUGGACGUCAACCCGCUUACCCUUGGUAUCGAGACCACUGGUGGUGUCAUGACCCACCUCAUCAAGCGUGGUACCACUAUCCCCACCAAGAAGAGCCAGAUCUUCUCUACCGCCGCCGACAACCAGCCUGUGGUCUUGAUCCAGGUCUUUGAAGGUGAACGUUCCAUGACCAAGGACAACAACAACCUUGGCAAGUUCGAGCUCACCAACAUUCCCCCCGCGCCCCGUGGUGUUCCCCAGAUUGAGGUCACCUUCGAGCUCGAUGCCAACGGUAUCCUCAAGGUCUCCGCCGUCGACAAGGGUACCGGCAAGGCCGAGAGUAUCACUAUCACGAAUGACAAGGGCCGUCUCUCCGCUGAGGAAAUUGAGCGCAUGGUUGAGGAGGCCGAGAAGUACGCCGAUGAGGAUAAGGCUACCCGUGAGCGCAUUGAGUCCCGCAACAAGCUCGAGAACUACGCCUACAACCUGAAGAACCAGGUCAACGAUGACGAUGGUCUCGGUGGCAAGCUCGACGACGAGGACAAGGAGACCAUCACUGAGGCCAUCAAGGAGACCCAGGACUGGCUCGAGGAGAACGCCGCCUCAGCUGUCACCGAGGACUUCGAUGAGCAGUUUGAGAAGCUCUCUAACGUGGCCUACCCCAUCACCUCCAAGCUUUACGGUGGAGCUGGUGGCGAGGGUGCCGACGAUGCUGGCCACGAUGAGUUGUAG